GUUUAAAUGUCGACUUGAAAUUUCGCUAUUGUUAGAGUUUGUCGAGUCGUCACGAUUGAAAAGGCUAUAGAAUCUAUUCCAAAACCGGAUUUCAAAACAAAAAUCACCCUAUAUAUCACGUGAAUGAUUAAGGAAUCAGUAUUGGUUGUUUUAAUCACUAACGUCACUGGAAUUCCCGUUAUAUCACCAUAGAGACAGUGUUGACACUAUAUAAUCCCCCGACUCCCUCUGUACGAAGACAUUAGCCUAGAGUGCUCUGACUGUAGGGAACCUGUUUAUGACGUCACCGUGUGGACUAUAGCUACCCGUGUAUAAAGACAUUAGGGAGUUCUGACUGUAGGGAACCUGUUUAUGACGUCACCGUGUGGACUAUAGCUACCCGUGUAUAAAGACAUUAGGGAGUUCUGACUGUAGGGAACCUGUUUAUGACGUCACCGUGUGGACUAUAGCUACCCGUGUAUAAAGACAUUAGGGAGUUCUGACUGUAGGGAACCUGUUUAUGACGUCACCGUGUGGACUAUAGCUACCCGUGUAUAAAGACAUUAGGGAGUUCUGACUGUAGGGAACCUGUUUAUGACGUCACCGUGUGGACUAUAGCUACCCGUGUAUAAAGACAUUAGGGAGUUCUGACUGUAGGGAACCUGUUUAUGACGUCACCGUGUGGACUAUAGCUACCCGUGUAUAAAGACAUUAGGGAGUUCUGACUGUAGGGAACCUGUUUAUGACGUCACCGUGUGGACUAUAGCUACCCGUGUAUAAAGACAUUAGGGAGUUCUGACUGUAGGGAACCUGUUUAUGACGUCACCGUGUGGACUAUAGCUACCCGUGUAUAAAGACAUUAGGGAGUUCUGGCUGUAGGGAACCUGUUUAUGACGUCACCGUGUGGACUAUAGGUACCCGUGUAUAAAGACAUUAGGGAGUUCUGACUGUAGGGAACCUGUGUAUGACGUCACCGUGUGGACUAUAGCUACCUGUGUAUAAAGACACUAGAGAGCUAUGACUGAAUGGGAUUCAGGAUUUUCUGACUAAGCAUUUGCAUCAGCCUUACUAUGUCGCCUUAAACCAACUUUGAAGAUGGCAGCUGCCAAAUACCAGUCUUCUAAAGAAACUACAAACUUUGCCCGGAUUUGCAGGUUGGUCAUUGAUGUCAUCCCUGACUUAUUCCGAGACUUGCUCAUCGCUCGACUGCCAUCAUCAGGACUCGCUCAUGUACUUACCAACCAGAAAGGUCAGGUCUUCUCCCGGUUGAAUAAACAACAAGAGAAGAUUCUGUAUCCUCAGGGUGGGCUGUUUCAAGGUUCUGUGAAGGAUUUGGACACAUCACUUCUUUACAUCCUACUUAGAAACCUUGGAAAUAUUUCACCUCAUCAGAAUGGUUGGGGGAAGGUACCGGUUAAAGCAGACAGAUCACUGUCAGCAAACAUCGACCGUCUUCGUGAGCAGCGCAAUGAGGCAUAUGCACAUGCACCCAAUGCCUCCCUUUCUGAUGGAGAGUUUCAGGCAAGGUGGGACAUCAUCCGCCAAAGUGUGGAGGAAAUACAAAACAGUGAACUGAAUACAGGGUCGUUUGUGUUGGCCGUGGAUAAUAUACUUACCAUGAGGAUGGACCCCAGUACAGAAAAGAAUUUUAUAACACUUAUAGCACAGAUCGAAGGGGAGAUCAGUGACGUCAAAGACAGACAAGAUGUGAUUACAGCAGACAUGGGUAACCUCAAAGGUGAAAUGGUUGGUAUGUCUGUCAAACAGGACGCCAUGCAAACAGAUAUGGCUGGUAUGUCUGUCAAACAGGACGCCAUGCAAACAGAUAUGGCUGGUAUGUCUGUCAAACAGGACGCCAUGCAAACAGAUAUGGCUGGUAUGUCUGUCAAACAGGACGCCAUGCAAACAGAUAUGGCUGGUAUGUCUGUCAAACAGGACGCCAUGCAAACAGAUAUGGCUGGUAUGUCUGUCAAACAGGACGCCAUGCAAACAGAUAUGGCUGGUAUGUCUGUCAAACAGGACGCCAUGCAAACAGAUAUGGCUGGUAUGUCUGUCAAACAGGACGCCAUGCAAACAGAUGUGGCUGACCUACAGGGCAAUAUGGCUGAUAUGUAUGUCAAACAGGACGCCAUGCAAACAGAUAUGGUUGACCUACAGGGCAGGGAUCCCAAGUUGUCAGCUUUGAUAGAAACAACCACUGCCAGGAUAAUGAAAGAAAAAGAAUACAAGUACACUCCUACCAAAAGUUUCUCCGAUGCUUGCAAGAGGUUGAUGAAGAACAGCGUUGUCGUAAUUAAAGGGAACAGUGGAGACGGGAAGACAUCCAUUGCCCUUGAACUUCUCCGUUGGCUGUGCCAUGAUGUGGAGGGACAACAACGUCGACAGCCACUAGAACUGCAUGAUAUCAAAGACUUGGAUUUGGUGGCCCCAAAGUCAGAAUUAGUUAUUUAUUUAGAUGAUAUCUUUGGAAAGAAUGUUUUGUGUAAACAAGAUGUGGAAGAAUGGGAGAAAAGAGUAGAAUCUGUCAUAGAAUCAAAACUUUGUGGAAAUGAGCACACAGAGGGCAAUUUUCUGAUCAUUACAAUUCGCAGAGGAAUUUUUAAUUCUUUAACUAGUUCUUGCUUGGAAAAAGUUUUUACUGAACAAAACAUUGUUGACCUUAACAUAGAUGCAGAAGAAAAACUGGAAUUGUUAAGGUUGUACAAACCAAAAGAUAAAUUUGACUCGUGGAAAGAUAAUGAAGAGAAGGAAAUUGUCAAGUGUGCUCCCGACAUUGGGUUUCCCCAAUGCUGUAGGUUGUUCAGAGAUUCACCUGCUUUGCAGACGGAGAGGGUCAAAUUUUUUAAAAGACCAUUUCAUUUUCUGAAAUCUUCAUUAUCUAAAUUGGAAGACGGAAAAUGUUAUGGUCUGAUGUAUCUGUUCCUUAACGGAGGCAAAGUCAUGAAAGAUGAUUUAGACUCUAACAAUGAAAAUAUUGAUGAACAUUUAUUAGAAGCAGCAUUUGCUAAUGAUGUAGUAAAAGUAACCUCAACAGCUGAGCUUGUUGUUCACAGUAAGUCUAAGGGGAGGAAAAUAGAAUUUGUUAAGGAUUCGUUAGAUAGUCUGUUGGGUUUGCUGGUGAAAAAAGAGCCUAACGACAAACAAAGAGUUUGUUACCAAUUCAACCAUGACUCCAUUGAGGAAACUCUGGCCCUUUUGUAUGGAGAAAAAACUCCCAUUGGCUACAUACAGAAUUGCCCCAGCAAGUUUCUCAGUUAUGUAACUACCUCAAAAACCACUCCAAACAAAGUAGUUAUAUCAUCUGAUAAUCAGUACAAUGUUUUGUAUGAACGUUUACUCAGAGAGUUUGAAUCAGUCUAUUCUAGUAAACGCAAAAUUGCCGGGUUUUAUAGUAAAUAUCAUUCUAUAACUUCAUUAGAUGUUUGGACAGAUUUUCAGUUUCUGCAAGGAUUUAUUAGAUGGCGAAGUCGUCAAAAUGUUGACAAAAAUUUGUGCGAUGAGAUAAAGCUUGCCUUGUUGAAUGGAGCAUGUUUUUCUGGUUCAGAAGAAUGUGCUUUAUCCCUCCUGUCGGAGGGUGUGACACCUGACAAGGUCACAUUGCUUUGUGUGGUAGAGGGAGGGAGCGUGAAUAUAUUAUACAAAGUGGAGAGAGUUAUACUUAAGUCCUUGUAUAGAGUUGAGGAUGAACAACAUAAGUGUGAGAGAGUAGAAGGUCGUGUGGUGCACAGGAAUUGUGUGUGUGCUCAGUACAUGUGUCAGUUAGUGACUAAGUACGAAAGAACAGUGUUACAUGUGAGUUGUAACCAGGGACACAUGGACAUUUGUAAAUAUCUGUGUGAGUCGUACCCAGCACUAACUACAGCUGUAGAUAAUAACGGGGACACAGUGUUACAUUAUUAUAGUUGUAGGGAGGGACACAUGGAGGUUUGUAAAUAUCUGUGUGAGUCGUACCCAGCACUAUCUAGAGCUGUAAAUAAUGACGGGUUAACAGUGUUACAUGCUAGUUGUAGGUGGGGACACAUGGAGGUUAGUAAAUAUCUGUGUGAGUCGUACCCAGCACUAACUACAGCUGUAGGUAAUAACGGGUUAACAGUGUUACAUUAUAUUUGUUACGGGGGACAUAUGGAGGUUUGUAAAGAUCUGUGUGAGUCAUACACAGCACUAACUACAGCUGUAGAUAAUAACGGGGACACAGUGUUACAUUAUUAUAGUUGUAGGGAGGGACACAUGGAGCUUCCUUAUCCUAAUAACUUUGAGGCAGCUCCCCCAUCCGCAACAGAUUCCAUUACGAGCUUCUGUUCCGGCUGA